UCUCCCUGCGUUUAUUUGUGCCUGGAGUUUGCACCGGGCAUCUCCAUCGACUGGGAAGGGGAGAAGAAGAUGGGGGCUCUUGAUUUUUUAUCAGAUUUUUGUACCAUUUCUACCCCAAGAAAGAAGCGCAAGCCGAUGCAGACAGUUGAAAUCAAGGUGAAAAUGGACUGCGAUGGCUGCGAGAGGAGAGUGAAAAGCGUUGUUUCGUCCAUGAAAGGAGUGAAAUCGGUGGAGGUGAACAGGAAGCAGAGCCGGGUGACGGUUCGGGGGCAUGUGGAGCCAAACAAGGUCUUACAGAGGGUGAAGAGCACGGGAAAGAAGGCGGAGCUAUGGCCCUACAUCCCUUACAACUUGGUGGCUUACCCGUACGUAGCUCAGGCUUAUGACAAGAAGGCGCCUGCCGGCUAUGUCAAGAACGUGGCCCAAGCCCUUCCUAGCCCGACCGCUCCUGGCGAACGGUUUGUCACGCUCUUCAGUGAUGAGAACCCCAAUGCUUGUUCCAUCAUGUGAUGGCAAUAUAUAUCCAUGCCCAACAGUUCUAAGAUGAGAGGUUCUUGCCACAUUAAAAAAGAAUUGCGCGAAUCGCGCACAUAACACUAACAAUUCGAUAUAGUUUGUCUUGCAAAGUUGCGGUUCAUAUGGCAUGCAUAUUCAAUAUUGUUGUCGAUGUGGAUCGAAUUUGGCAACCAGAUGCUCUCUCUGGAAGUACCUUAGGCCUGGUUUAUGGCAGACUGAUUUAUA